AUGAAGGCAAAGAACGUGAACUUGUUGUUCGCUUUCGUUGCGAUCCUGCUCUUUUGCUUCUCCUGUUUCUGUAUCUCCAAGAUGAACCAAAUCAGCAAUCAACUAAUUAAUUGCAGAAACCGUGUUUCUGAGUUUAAGAAAAAUACGCUACGUUUAAAAAAUGAAAGUGAAAAUCAUCGCCAAAAUCUAGUGCAAGUCUUGAACCAAAUGAAGUAUGAAAUUGCCCAGAUAGCAAACGCAUCAGGAGACUUCCUUGAAAGGAAAGUGAGCAGACUGCGUGAGAGUGAAGCACGCCUCAACGGAAUGGAAGGCUUCAAGUUCUUCCUCCCUCAUCUGAGGACAGUGGAGAGAAUUUACCCGGAUGUAGCCACUAGCAGAGGAAAAGCAGGCGUGUCUUUCGCACUGGGAAUCACCACGAUUGACAGAAGGAACCACACCUACCUGAAGCAAACACUGACCUCUAUUCUGUCCAGGAUGACCCCUGAAGAAGAGAAGGACUCCGUGGUGAUUAUCUCUGUUGCCGAUACUGAUGAUUAUUUGAAAUAUGUGGUCGACAUGGUUAAAACAAAAUUCAAAAGACAAGUGCAAUCUGGGUCCUUGGAAGUCAUUUCAAUACCCACCUUUUUUUAUCCAAGUGUAUUACUGGGCAAGAAAACAAUGGAGGACUCGGAAAGUUGGCAAAUGAAACAAGCUUUGGAUUUUUGUGUUUUGAUGCUGUAUGCCCGACCUAAGGCCACGUAUUAUUUACAGCUAGAAGACGAUAUCAUAGCAAGAAAGAUGUAUUUUACAAAAAUGAAAGAUUUUGUAAACAGUCUCACUUCGGAAAAUUGGUUUUAUAUUGAAUUUUCAGUGCUUGGAUUUAUAGGAAAACUCUUUCAUUCGAAGGACCUGCUUGACUUUGUCCAUUUUUUCUUGAUGUUCUACAAAGUGAAGCCCAUAGAUAUGCUUUUAGAUGACAUCUUUCUGGUGAGGAUGUGCCACUGGGGAGAGCACAUUAGGAGCUGCAUGCAGCGCAGGAAGGAAGCUCGAGUCCAGUACAGACCGUCUCUGUUCCAGCACGUGGGCAUUCACUCAUCGUUUCCUGGACGAAAACAGCACCUCAAGGAUCCAAAUUGUCUCCCCAUGCCUAAACCAAGCAAAUACAAAAAGCCAAAGGACUCUCUGGGCACAGUUCUUCUCAAGAGGCAGCUUCUCAAACAUUGUGUGCAUACAUGGUCUGUAAACCAGUCAUCCAGGCAUGCAGCAGAAAGACUGGCAGUCAGCUUUCCAUCCCUGCCACAAAUACCUAAGGUGAUCAACUCACAGUGCAGCUAUUGUGACUCAGCUGUGGAGCUUCUCGUCCAUGGCUGUCCGGCAUUAUUGCUUUUGGGGGUCCUGUGGCAAGGCAGGCAGUGUGUCACUGUGCAGAGCAGAGCUCAUCCAAUCAGAGCAGAGCCAAGCUCAUCCACUCAGGGCCAGGAAGAAAGAAAGGAAGAGAAAGGGGCCCCAAUGUCUCCUUUGCAGAAAGCUGGACUCGUCGGCUUUGAUAGGACUUCAGCUCAGGUCACUCAAGCCUCUCACUUCGCCAGUGAGAAGAGGCCCAGAGUGAUUGCCCAGGUCCAUUGCCCUCUGGACAGCAGUGCUAGCCACUGUGAAGGCAGCAAGGCCAGGAAGCAGCUACUGAAAUUCUGUAGCGAGCUUUUGAAGCCACGUGAGUCAGGUUUCCACCCUCACUCCCCAGGUACACCAACAUGCCUGAUACCUCAGCCAGCUAAGGACCUCAACAUAGGCAGAAGUCCCCAGUUACGAGAAGAGCCAUUUAUGGGAGUGUUCUCGGGCCAUCGUGAUGGGCACAGUAAGCAUAGUUCAUCUCAGAGGAAAGAGCAAGUUCAAAUUAAAGAAGGUAUUGAGUCAUCUUUGAGAGUGAAUAAUUCCACAGAACUGAAGAAUGACCUCUGA